AUUAUCUUUGGGUCACAAAUAUAACAAGGGGAACAUCUUUAAAAAGUUGUUCAUUGCGGUUCUCUCGUCUCCUUGUUGAGAAUUUGUUUUACUUGCUGGGUCGUAUUUCUGCAUUAUCUUGUAAUAGUAUGUCAGUUUACUUGUAUAUUUAUUCCCUGAACCAUGGCUAACAGUGUGUCUGCUUCUCAACAUGUCCUUCUUGCUUUAUUGAUAUUUACGUUAAAUUGUUAACAUAGUUGACGGAGGCACACUGAUAAUUAACCGUUUGCGUUGACGUUAGCCAACUUAUGCUAACUUAGCUUAACCCUUUUACUGCCUCGACAUCUUUCUUCAUACAGCUCUGCUGUUGCACUGGACUUUCAAAAACUGUAAAGCAAAAUACGUAUGGCCAUGCACAUAAUACACAAGAAGUGGAAUUUUCACAUAAAGGUCUUUUGGCUAACAUGUGACGAAAUUAGUUUGUUUUGCUUGAUGGAACUCACUUUGAUGGAAGCAGCUAUGGAUAAUGCUAAAGUUGUCUUCCAUAUACAGUCUGGAUUGCAUUCUCAAGAUCCCAGCUGCAGGCCAUUUACUGAUGGGUACAUACUGUGAGGCAACACGCCAAGAGAACUGUAAAUCAUUCAGAAGAAAUGAGAACUGUGAAAGAAUGAAGACAAGCUAGAUAUUGUCCCUACUUUGCUGUUAAAGAACAACUUUGUUGGACAUAAUAUCUGGACUAGAAGCAGAAUAAGAGAGGAGUAAUAAAAAAGAAAAGAAACUGCUGCUAGACGCUCAACUAUAAAAGAAAUACUCCCUACAUAGUUAUCAAAAUGAGUGCUGAAGGAUAUCAGUAUAGAGCGCUGUAUGACUACAAGAAGGAGAGGGAGGAGGACAUUGAUCUGCAUGUGGGAGACAUUCUAUUGGUGAGCAAAGGUGCUCUGAUGGCUCUUGGUUACACAGAGGGACAGGAGCAGAGGUCAGAGGAGAUUGGCUGGCUGCCAGGCCUUAAUGAAACCACUCAGGAAAAGGGGGACUUCCCUGGGACGUAUGUUGAGUACAUAGGAAAGAAGUGGAUAUCUCCUCCCACACCCAAGCCAAGGCCCAUCAGACCCUUACCUGUUGCACCAGGUUCCUACAAAGCAGAGGACUCUGACUCUGAACAAGGUUGUUUGUUGGACUUGACUGAACAGUUUUCACUUCCUGACACUGCUCCACCAAUGUUGGUCAAGCUGCUGGAAACUAUUGAGAAAAAAGGUCUUGAUAGCCCCACUCUGUAUCGAACAUUUACAGCUGGUGCUGGAUAUGAAGUCAGGCAACUCUUUGAAUGUGAUCUUCCCACAGCAGAUCUGGAUCAGUUUGAUCUUCCCGUCCUUUGUGAUGGUCUGCGCAGGUACCUACAGGAUCUUCCACAGCCCAUCAUACACUCUGCAAUACAUGCUCAGAUGGUCCUCACGGUCAAAGAAGUGGUAAAUAGUGAAGAAUGUGCCCAGCUGCUACGUCGUAUCUCCAGCACCCCGAGUCUGCCUCCCCAAUACUGGCUAACGCUGCACUGUCUGUUAAGACAUUUCGCUAGAGUCUGUGAAAAUGGCUCCAAGAACCUGCUUACAGCAAGAGCCCUGGGCGAGAUCUUCAGUCCUAUAUUUUUCAGACAGCAAACCACCAGUUGUGAACCCAGUCUGGAUUCUCACAUCAAGAUCAUUGAGCUUCUGGUGACCAGUGAAUGGAAUGAAACUCAGGCUGCUCCAGCUCUACCUCCUAAGCCACCCAAGCCCACAUCUGUGAUGAGCAACGGUUUGAAUAAUAACAUGGCUCUGCAAGACGCCGAAUGGUACUGGGGCGACAUAUCAAGGGAGGAGGUCAAUGAGAAACUGAGGGACACUGCGGAUGGUACAUUCUUGGUGCGUGAUGCCUCCACCAAAAUGCACGGAGAUUACACCCUGACUCUGAGGAAAGGAGGUAACAACAAACUCAUUAAAAUAUUCCAUCGAGACGGGAAGUACGGCUUCUCAGAUCCACUGACCUUUAGCUCCGUUGUCGAGCUCAUCAACCACUAUCGCAAUGAGUCACUGGCUCAGUACAACCCCAAGUUGGACGUCAAACUGCUGUAUCCUGUCUCUAAACACCAGCAGGAUCAGGUGGUGAAAGAAGACAACAUUGAAGCCGUUGGUAGAAAACUCUGUGAGUACCACCAACAAUACCAGGAAAAGAACAAAGAGUACGACCGACUGUAUGAAGAAUACACCAGAACUUCACAAGAAAUCCAAAUGAAGAGGACAGCCAUAGAGGCGUUCAACGAAACCAUAAAGAUCUUUGAGGAGCAGUGUCAAACACAAGAGCGGUACAGCAAGGAGUAUAUUGAGAAAUUUAGGAGGGAGGGCAAUGACAAGGAGAUCCAAAGGAUCAUGGGAAACUAUGAAAAGUUGAAAUCAAGGAUAAUUGAAAUUGUAGACAGCAAACGUCGCCUGGAAGAAGACCUAAAGAAACAGGCAGCUGACUACAGGGAGAUCGACAAGAGGAUGAACAGCAUCAAGCCCGACCUCAUCCAGCUGCGCAAGACCAGAGACCAGUAUCUCAUGUGGUUGACCCAAAAAGGAGUGAGACAGAAGAAACUCAACGAGUGGCUUGGAAUCAAAAACGAGAACACAGAAGAUCAAUAUUCUAUGGUGGAUGAUGAUGAAGACCUGCCUCAUCAUGAAGAGCGCUCCUGGAAACUGGGCAACAUUAACCGACUGCAGGCGGAGGCGCUCCUCCAGGGGAAGAGAGAUGGAACAUUCCUGGUUAGAGACAGCAGCAAGGCGGGAUGCUACGCCUGUAGUGUUGUUGUGGAAGGUGAGGUGAAGCACUGCGUCAUCAACAAGACUCCCUCAGGUUAUGGCUUUGCCGAGCCUUACAACCUGUACAGCUCCCUAAAAGAACUCGUACUUCACUACCAGCACACAUCUUUGGUCCAGCACAAUGACUCUCUGAAUGUGACGCUAGCGUAUCCCGUGUACGCCCAGCAGAGACGGUGAAGACCCGGAUGUAAACUCAUGGACACAAAAGAAGAGAGAGGCCUGAAGAAGGGAGCUGCCCAUGCACCGUCCUUUGACCCUGUGAUGAAAGUGCAGCCUUGACGCCUCCAUCUCAGACUGUAACAGAGUCAAAGACGCAAUAAAAGCCUGAAAACAUUUCAACGACUCCGCCUGACGACAAGCCCGAGGCGCGUUUGAAUGUAGAUUUUCUCAUUUGCUUUUUUUGGGAGCACAGAAUCAAGCAGAAGCUGCUGAACUCCCGUCAGCGGAGGACGUACGAGGCCUUUUCCCCAACGGUGCUUGUUCUUUUUCAAAGCUUUACCAGCCGGAAUGUUGACUCGCAGCAGACGAACUCUACAGAUUAAACUGUACACACCGGCCACCGCCACCUUUGUUUUUCCACUUGACUUUUUUUUUUCUUCCUUUACUGCGUCAUUUUAAGUGUGUGUCCUUGUUUUUCGCACAAGUGAUGAUGUAGGUGAGUGUGGCUGAGCGAGAGAGAGAGAGAGAGAGAGAGAGAGUGUGUGUGUGUUUGUGCGUGUGCGUGACUGUCCAUGUGACCAAAACUCAUAGAAUCAGGAAACUGUGUGAUGUCAUGGGGGAGGGGGUGGGGGUGUGUAACACAUUCACUUGUGUUAACAUGUUCAGUAGCAAAACCAUGGAUCAGCUGAUAAAUGUAGCAAAAUGGCACUUUUAAAAAAAGUUUUUUUUUUUUUUUUUUUUUUUUUUUUUUGAAAGACUCCUAUGUACUUAUAUGGACUAAGCAGAGAGGACGCGUCCUGCCUUUAAACUGUUGAGCCUCGUAGUGAACUUGAUAAUGACUGUGGGUGGCUCAACACUAUGAAUGGACUCAGUAUUUCAUGUCACAUCUCUGGAAAUGUGUAAAGUCACGCAACGGAGUGCACCGUACCAAAAAGGAUCAGUUCCUGUUGACUUGUUUAUUCUAACCUGCUAUGCAAUUUUUUCUCAGUUUUAUUUCUUCCUUCAGAAAUGUUUUUAUUCUGUUGCAAGCCACAACAUAAGCUUGUUUUAUUGUUGGUGAAAAUGAUUUUUUCCUGUGUAAAUAUCCCAGAGGAUAUUUUGUGUCAAAUUGCCAAUAUAUGGUAAAAAAAGAAAAAGAAAAAAAGAAACAAACUUGCUUAUCAUUUUAAAAAGAUAAUAGAAACUCUUUAUCGUGGUUUACUUUAACAACUGCUAUACAGAUGGAGUAAGUAUUUUAUUAGUCUUUUGUUCAGUUGUUGCUUCAAACUAAUUCUUCUCAGGCAGAACUUUUUGCAGCGUCAACUUUCUUGCUCCAUUUGGUACGGAGUUGAGCCUCCGUAGAAACGGACGCAGACAGUUUGAGUGCUCAGAACAGGGCGAAGGGAUUGCAGGACCCUCGUCAUCCAUAAACACGGAACCAGUAUAGAUUUAUUUUGAUAUAAAAUAUCUAUGUUCCCACAGGAGAAUAUAUGAAAGUAGACUGAUGGAUAUUGUUAUUAAAGAUCAUGUACAUUGUCCACUAAGUAUUUUUCUGUAUCAGAAAAUCACUGUGCUAACAUGGGUGGAUCAGCUCAUCUAAAUAAUACUCUAUAUUUCACUUUUCAAAAAGAGAACACAUGCCAGUGGAAUCUUUUUUUUUUUUUACCUUUGUUCUUACUUGUGCAAGUUCAUUAUAAAGUGAUUGGUACGUAUGUCAAAACCAGGAAGACUGGUGGCCACCAUGAAGCAUUGUGUGUUUAAAUAAAAAUUCAAAAUUCAAAUUGGAACAUUCAAGUAACAGAAUGCCCGCAGUUUAUGGAAUUCCCAUUAAAAUGUAUACAUAAAUAUAAAUGAUGUAUACGAGGUACAAGCCUGGUCAGCAGAGCUGUGGAGGUAGUCUCUUCCUGUAUCCUUGCGUAACAAUUCUUGUAAAUGUAAUUUAGAACAUCGCCUUCUACGGCACAAUUGCUAUUUGUUGGUAAAUGUCCACACAGAAACAGGCUGGUAAUGAAAAAUGCCUGAAGUAAAAAAUUAAAAAAAUUGCUGUAUGAGAUAAUGACCAGUUAGCAUGGAAAACAAAGCUGUAGUGGAUGAUUGUUGUACAGCUUCUGUACACGGCCCUGAGUGUAAAAUAUUCAGGCCAAAUGAAUUUGUAGCACAUUAAACCUAACCACCAUUUAAAACCUAGACUAUACUUUUAAAGCCAUUAACAGACGAUUAGUGUCAUUUCUGACAUUUCUUGUACUUAGUUGUCAUUUCACUGAAAUUAACCUCCCAACAGCUGCUCGCAUGAAUUUUGUUACUUGAUAUAUAUCUGUAUAUAUAUCUUUUUUUUUCUUUUUUAGUUUUUUUGCAUCAUGCUCUAUUAGUUUUUCCCCCUUAUCUCAAUUCUGUCAGUAUGAUCAUUUUAGACAAUGUUGUUUUUUUUUUUUGGUAUUCUUUUUUGUCCCAAACAUCAUGAUUGGAAUGAGAUUCAACAGUAUUCCCCAGUGUUUUGCUUCAAAUCUGUAUUGGGCUUUAAUUAAAAAAAAAAAAAACAUAAAAUAAAACACUUCUUGAUAAAUAA